AAGAUGGACAGCCUGGGGCUGAUGGACAACCUGGAGCUGAAGAGGUAUCUGGUAUACCUCUACCAGAUGAAUUAUGCCAAGAGUCAGCCUGACAUGGCCAUUAUGGCUGUCUACACCUUUGUGAAAGACUGUGAGGACCCCAACCCCCUCAUCCGAGCCCUUGCGGUGCGGACCAUGGGCUGCAUCCGCGUUGACAAGAUCACAGAGUACCUGUGUGAACCACUCCGGAAGUGCCUGAAGGAUGAGGAUCCAUAUGUGCGCAAAACAGCAGCUGUGUGCGUGGCCAAGCUUCACGACAUCAACGCCCAGCUGGUGGAGGACCAGGGCUUCUUGGACACCCUUAAAGACCUCAUCUCUGACUCUAACCCCAUGGUGGUGGCCAAUGCAGUAGCAGCGCUCUCAGAAAUCGCAGAGUCUCACCCCAGCAGCAAUCUGCUCGAUCUGAACCCACAGUCCAUCAACAAGCUGCUGACAGCCCUGAAUGAGUGCACAGAGUGGGGCCAGAUCUUCAUCCUGGACUGCCUGGCCAACUACACGCCCAAGAACGACCGUGAGGCCCAGAGCAUCUGUGAGCGGGUCACACCCAGGCUCUCCCACGCCAACUCUGCUGUGGUACUCUCUGCUGUGAAGGUACUGAUGAAGUUCAUGGAGAUGUUGUCCAAGGACCUAGACUACUAUGGCACACUUCUCAAGAAGCUGGCCCCACCCCUGGUCACACUGCUCGCUGAGCCGGAGCUGCAGUACGUGGCUCUGCGCAACAUCAAUCUCAUUGUGCAGAAAAGGCCUGAGAUCUUGAAGCAUGAGAUGAAGGUGUUCUUCGUGAAGUACAAUGACCCUAUCUAUGUGAAGCUGGAGAAGCUGGACAUCAUGAUCCGCCUGGCCUCCCAGGCCAACAUCGCCCAGGUGUUGGCGGAGCUGAAAGAGUAUGCAACAGAAGUGGAUGUGGACUUUGUACAGAAGGCUGUGCGUGCCAUUGGCCGCUGUGCCAUCAAGGUGGAGCAAUCUGCAGAGCGCUGUGUGAGUACGCUGCUCGACCUCAUCCAGACCAAGGUCAACUACGUGGUCCAGGAGGCCAUCUUGGUCAUCAAGGACAUCUUCCGCAAGUACCCCAACAAGUAUGAGAGUGUGAUUGCUAUGCUGUGUGAGAACCUGGACUCGCUGGAUGAGCCUGAGGCCCGGGCUGCCACGAUCUGGAUUGUGGGCGAGUACGCGGAGCGGAUUGACAAUGCAGAUGAGCUGCUGGAGAGCUUCCUCGAGGGCUUCCAUGACGAGAGCACCCAGGUCCAGCUGCAGCUGCUGACCGCCAUCGUGAAACUCUUCCUGAAGAAGCCAACAGAAACACAGGAGCUGGUGCAGCAGGUCCUCAGUUUGGCCACGCAGGACUCAGAUAACCCAGACCUGCGGGACCGUGGCUACAUCUACUGGCGCCUGCUCUCCACAGACCUGGUGGCAGCCAAGGAGGUGGUGUUGGCGGAGAAGCCACUCAUCUCUGAAGAGACAGACCUCAUCGAGCCCACACUGCUGGACGAGCUCAUAUGCUACAUCGGCACGCUGGCCUCCGUCUACCAUAAGCCUCCCAGUGCCUUUGUGGAGGGGGGCCGGGGCGUUGUGCACAAGACCCUGCCACCCCGCACUGCCUCGAAUGAGAGCACAGAGCGCCCUAAGACAGCCCCUGCAGGAGCACCUCCUGGGGAGCAGCCAGAUGUCAUCCCCACCCAGGGCGACCUCCUCAACCUGGACCUCGGGCCCCUGGUGAGCGGCCCACCCCUGGCAACCUCCUCAGUGCAGAUGGGAGCUGUGGACCUUCUUGGCGGUGGCCUUGACAGGCUGGAAUGUCGUGGGCCCUCUGGAUGACGUUGAUAAUGGUCUUCAGAGGCGCACUCACUGAUCGUGCCUCCAGGCUAGGCACCAGCUAGGUGCCUCCGAUACAUUCUAUUGAGUCCUUACCAUCUGCCGUCGGAGGCGAUUGUGAGCUCCCUACUUAUGAUAAGACGAAGAGAGAGGCCAGGCAGCCUUCCCUCCAAGGUCACACAGCCUGAGUGCAGACAGGAUUCCACUCCCUUGUUAGACCUUGGAGUCCCUGGAGACCCCGGGCAGGGAGCCCUUCCUAGCCCUUGCCCUGAUCCUGGCGUCACGGUCACCUUUGUCCUGUAAGGCAAGGGUGUUCCUGGCUUUGAGGAAUCAGACUU